AUGUCCGAGUCGGAAAAGCCGAAAAGACCUCCCAGGAAGCACGUCACGACUGCUUGUGUGCCUUGUCGGGAGAGUAAGAUCAGGUGCGACGGCGCUUCCCCGCAUUGCAAGAACUGCGAGAGAAAAAAGAGACAAUGCAAAUACCAACAUGGAGACGAUAAACGGAAAGUCUCCUUACGAGCAGCGACAGAGCUAUUUUCCGCCAGGAUUGACCAGCUGAUCCAGUUUAUCUACGACAAUGGCCUCGAGCCUCCAUCCAUGAAGCCCGAAGAUGAAGCAGGCAUCAACCGCGUUCUUGAUACGCUACAGAUUCACCGUGGAGUACCAAAGAGAAAGGACUCCCCAUUGUCUGAGGGACUGAAUACACAUACGCAACCAUCACCUCCAUCGCAGCCGGCUCAUAGUCCGCUUCCUGUCCCUCUAUAUAACGGAAAUACCGCAACGAAUGCAAAACCCGACUCUUCAGGCUUGCCAUUACAGAACAAUCUCGCCACCUCGCACACCGCAAAUUCUGGAGCCAACAGCCAGGACUCUUUCAGCCCGUUUGGCUUUCACUUCCCAUCCACAAACUGGGAAUUCGCUCUCCCGACCGCAGAAAGUCUAGACUCUCUUUACGCAAACCUGAAUGGCGGCUACCAAGUCUCCCCCGAGAACGGGAACAGCUGCAGCCCAGACAGCCUUCAGCUGUCGCAAGACAUAGCGCAGCAACCCGGCGUCCUCCUCGAACAAGCACAGGCCCUGAACACCAAAUAUGAAGACAACGACAGUGACAGCGGUGAAGAGGAUGAAGCCGAGAAAGACGUGAUCGAGCAGAUCAGCCACCGGAUCGGAACGCUAAAAAUCGCAGGCGACGGCCACCUGCGCUUCUUUGGUGCCACAUCAAACCUCAACCUUGUCGAUGUCUCUGCGACACAACAGCGGCAGCGUCCUGAUGCACGAACCGUCCGCCACGACGGCCAAGAUAUCCUCAACCACCUGCGUGUCGGACAGUCGGUCGACCAGGCUCUCGAGGACCAUCUGCUAGAGCUAUACUUCACGUGGCAGAACACCAGCACAUACGUCGUCGAUAAGGAGAUGUACUACACCGCGCGCCAGAAAUGGCGCGAGGAGUUCGACGAUACACCGUUCUACUCUGAGGUCCUCACGAACGCUAUGUGCUCCAUCGGCUCCGCCUUCGAAGCCCGCUACCACCCGACCUUCAUAACAUUCCCGAAAUCACUAAGUGAAUUCUUUGCCGAUCGCGCAAAAGCACUCCUCGAAAUCGAGCUGGAUAGUCCCUGCGUCGCGACAGUGCAGGCCCUCGUCAUCCUAAGCUGCCAUGAGGGCGCGUCGAACCGCGAUGCCCGCGGUUGGCUGUAUAGUGGGAUGAGCAUGCGUCUUGCGUUUGACCUGGGUCUGCAUCUCGAUAUGACGCCGUAUGUGGAAAGAGGUGAUAUGAGUGCGUUUGAGGCGGAUGUAAGGCGUAUUGCGUUUUGGGGGAGUUAUGUGGCGGAUCACUUUUGGGGCUUCUACCUUGGUCGACCGUUCAGAAUGAAUGCGGGCGAUAUCACGGUACCGAAGCCUGCAUCUGGUUUGACGGUUGGCAAAGAAGGGACAUGGCGGCCCUAUGGCCUACCGGCAAAUGCAAAUCAAGAGGCAUUUAAUGGCGCAUUGAAGAAUCCCAAUGAACUGAUAAGCAGACAAUUCGCUGUGCUCUGGGAGAUCAUCUCCCCUCUUGGACAUGUUCUAUACGGGUGCUCCGACAUCCCCCGCCACGAACUCCAGCGCUACUCCAGCAGAAUAACAGACGAUCUCUUCGCGUGGAAAGCGAACCUACCCUCAAUCCUGGAUAUCGACCUCGCAGACGACACAACGCCUCGACUACCGCAUCUUUUGAUGCUUCACCUUCAAUACCACCAAAUCGUCAUCUUCACGCACCGCCCCUGGGUCUCAAAAUCAUAUAUCCAACCCCGUGCUCCGAGGCAAGGGGCAGGCUACCACCAUGCACGCAAGAUGUGCAUCGAAUCGUCGAUUGCCAUCGCGCGACUCCUCCAUAUCUACGAAAAACACUACACAUUCCGACGCAUGAACAACCAGGUCGUGUCAAUGAUCUUCAGCGCAGCACUGAUACUACUCUACGUGACUAUCUCGACGACGCCAUUAGCGAGCCAGACAGGCCUCGAAACACUCGAGGGGAAUAGAAGUGAGAUGACGGCGUAUCUAAACCUUUGUUUUCGGGCACUGGAUGAGUUGGGACAGAGCUUCGAGAAUGCAAAGCGGACGAGGGACUUCCUGGUUAGUCUGCAGAGACGGUGGCAAGCGCGGAUGAGGAGGUCCGGCGCCUUGAAGAGGGCGCAGAGUAGCCAGCGGCUACCGGCGGGUUCUAAGAAGGACAUUGGCGGUAAUAAAGGAUCGACAAUCCAUAGGGAUGAAUCGUCAACACGGAAGAAGAGUCGGACGAGCAUAUCCACACAGCCGCAGGCGCACGCCCAUACCUCGUCGCUCUUCUCACUGUCUUCGUCGCCGCCCCAUACGCAUACGAACCAACAUCAUACAAAAGGGACAGUAACAGGGCUAGGGCCCAGCGCAACAAGUACAUUCCUCCCUUCUCUCGAUCCCAGGCCUAUCAAUUUGGACAGCCAAAACCAGAGCCAAAGCCAAAGCCACGCUCAACCUAACGAUAUCGACUCCUGGAUCCGCGACUCAGAUCUAGGUAUCCUCCCUGAUAAUAUCACCGACACGACAACCGCCGCUGCAUCGGCCUUUCGAAUGAGCGGGGCGAAUCCGAACCCUAAUCCGAAUGGUGAGGUAGAUGAUGUUGAGAUUGGGCUACCGAGCUUGGCGGAUAUAGAGCCUUGGUGGGAUCCUAGGAUGGAAGGGACCGGACAUGCGAACGGGCACGAGGCUGCUGGAGUUGUUGGUACGAGUGCAUAUGGGGACGAACUGUAA